GCUCACCAUGCAAUGUGACAGAAGCUGUUCGACCAAUGAGGCUCCCCCUCCACAAAAUUCGUAUUUUUUUGUCUGCACGAGCCGGUUUAUCCGUGGGAAUCGGUAGUUAGGUAACUAAGAUGAUGGAUGCUCUGUCUGUGGUGACCCAGCUCCGGGACCUGGCGUCGGAGCCCCAGAACCGGGAGGCCAUAGUCCAGGAUCAGGGCUGUCUCCCCGGUCUGGUUCUCUUCCUGGACCACCAGGACCCGCAAGUGCUGUUCGCCACCUUGCAGACUAUGCGCUACCUGGCAGAGUGGCCCCUGAACAUCACCACUAUGAAGAAUGAACUGGGUAUGAUGGUCAGCCUGGUGACCCUGAUGGAGAGGAGUGGUUUGUGUGAUGACAUCAAUGUCCUGUCACGGGAGGUGUAUGGAAUCCUGAGUGCCCCGCCCACCCCAGCCCCCCCCAGCCCAGAGAGAGAGAGGAGGAGAAACAAACCCCAGUUCUUCCUCAACGCCUCCAAAGGGAAGAACAAGUCUGUCACUCUGCACAUCCAAGGCCUGGACAGCACUGCCCAGCGAAGUGUGUGUGAGGAGGCUCUACUGAAGGUGAAAGGAGUGAUCAGCUUCACCUUCCAGAUGGCUUCCAAGAGAUGCACCGUUCGCAUCCGCUCUGACCUGCCCACUGAAAGUCUGGCGUCGGCCAUCGCUGCUACCAAGGUGCUGUCAGCCCAACAGGUGGUGAGGAAUGAAGUUGGGGAGGAGGUCCUGCUCUCCCUCAGUGUGUGUGGUGGUAAUGUGAGGGAGGAGAACGUAUCAAUACCAGACUACCUCCCAGAGGACGAGAGUCCAGAGAGCGAGACGGACCGCGCCGUGUCCCGUACCGCAGCCAAGGACAACACCUCUGGCAGCUGGCUCGGUUCAGCAGCCACUUUCCUCACCAGAUCCUUCUACUGGUGAAACUGGGGCCGUCAGGAGCCGGCAUGGCUGUUCUCACAGGGGACACCUGAACUGAGAACACAGCAGAACUGAACCCGUAUGGCUUCAUCCCCAUUCUACAACACAUCUCCUGUAGUGUACACUAUGGCUUCAUCCCCAUUCUACAACACAUCUCCUGUAGUGUACACUAUGGCUGCAUCCCCAUUCUACAACACAUCUCCUGUAGUGUACACUAUGGCUGCAUCCCCAUUCUACAACAUAUCUCCUGAAGUGUACACUCCCCGUCAUGGAUGUAAAAGUAUUGGCUGUAGGUGUGCACUAGGGGACAGAGAGAGAAACAGGAUGUGACCAGAGGUGUAAUAAUACCUUCAUAGAAAAUGACUCAAGUUAAAAGUCAGACAGUAAAAUACUACUGGAGUAAAAGUCUAAAAGUAUUUGGUUUUAAAUAUACUUAAGUUUCAAAAGUAUGAAUUACUUCAAAUUCCUUAUAUCAAGCAAAUCAGACGGCACUAUUUGCUGUUUACAUGUUCUAUUGACUGAUAAACAGGUUCAAACUCCAACACGCAGACAUCAUUUACAAACAAAGCAUCUGUGUUUAGUGAGUCCUCCAGAUCAGAGCCAGUAGGGAUGUUCUCUUGAUAAGUGUGUGAUUUGGACCAUUUUUCUGUCCUGCUAAGCAUUCAAAAUGUAACGAGUAUUUUUAGGUGUCAGGGAAAAUGUAUGGAGUAAAAAGUACAUUAUUUUCUUUAGGAAUGUAGAGUUGAAGUUGGAAGUUUACAUCCACCUUAGCCAAAUACAUUUAAAAACUCAGUUUUUACAAUUCCUGAUAUUUAAUCCAAGUAAAAAUUCCCUGUCUUAGGUCAAUUAGGAUCACCACUUUAUUUUAAGAAUGUGAAAUGUCAGAAUAAUAGUAGAGUGAAUGAUUUAUUUCAGCUUUUAUUUCUUUCAUCAGAUUCCCAGUGGGUCAGAAGUUUACAUACAUUCAAUUAUUAUUUGGUAGCAUUGCCUUUAAAUUGUUUAACUUGGCUCAAACGUUUCGGGUGGCCUUCCACAAGCUUCCCACAAUAAGUUGGGUCAAUUUUGGCCCAUUCCUCCUGACAGAGCUGGUGUAACUGAGUCAGGUUUGUAAGCCUCUUUGCUCUAAUUUUUUUUUUUAGUUCUGCCCAAAAUUUUCUAUAGGAUUGAGGUCAGGGCUUUGUGAUGGACACUCCAAUACCUUGACUUUGUUGUCCUUAAGCCAUUUUUCCACAACUUUGGAAGUAUGCUUGGGGUCAUUGUCCAUUUGGAAGACCCAUUUACGACCAAGUUUUAACUUCCUGACUGAUGUCUUGAAAUGUUGCUUCAAUAUAUCCACAAUUUUCUUUCCUCAUGACGCCAUCUAUUUUGUGAAAUGCACCAGUCCCUCCUGCAGCAAAGCACCCCCACAACGUGAUGCUGCCACCCCCGUGCUUCACGGUUGGGAUGGUGUUCUUCGGCUUGCAAGCCUCCACCUUUUUCCUCCAAACAUAACGACGGCCAUUAUGGCCAAACAGUUCUAUAUUUGUUUUAUCAGACCAGAGGACAUUUGUCCAAAAAGUAUGAUCUUUGUCCCCAUGUGCAGUUGCAAACCGUAGUCUGGCUUUUUUUAUGGCGGUUUUGGAGCAGUGGCUUCUUCCUUGCUGAGCGGCCUUUCAGGUUAUGUCGAUAUAGGACUCGUUUUACUGUGGAUAUAGAUACUUUUGUACCUUUUUCCUCCAGCAUCUUCACAAGGUCCUUUGCUGUUGUUCUGGGAUUGAUUUGCACUUUUCGCACCAAAGUACAUUCAUCUCUGGGAGACAGAAUGCAUCUCCUUCCUGAGCGGUAUGACGGCUGCUUGGGUCCCAUGUUGUUUGUACUUGCAUACUAUGGUUUGUACAGAUGAACGUGGUACCUUCAGGCGUUUGGAAAUUGCUCCCAAGGAUGAUCCAAACUUGUGGAGGUGUACAAUUCUUUUUCUACGGUCUUGGCUGAUUUCUUUUCAUUUUUCAAUGAUGUCAAGCAAAGAGGCACUGAGUUUGAAAGUAGGCCUUGAAAUACAUCCACAGAUACACUUCCAAUUGACUCAAAUGAUGUCAAUUAGCCUAUCAGAAGCUUCUAAAGCCAUGAAGUCAUUUUCUGGAAUUUUCCAAGCUGUUUAAAGGCACAGUCAACUUAGUGUAUGUAAACUUCUGACCCACUGGAAUUGUGAUACAGUGAAAUAAUCUGUAAACAAUUUUUUGAAAAUGUACUUGUGUCAUGCACAAAGUAGAUGUCCUAACCGACUUGCCAAAACGAUAGUUUGUUUUAACAAGACAUUUGUGGAGUGGUUGAAAAACGAGUUUUAAUGACUCCAACCUAAGUGUAUUUAAACUUCCGACUUCAACUGUAGUUAAGUAAAAGUUGACAAAAAUAUGAAUAGUAAGGUACAGAUACUCCCAAAAUUAAAAUUUAUUUUUUUCUUAAGUACUUUACACCACUGCCACUGACUAGGGUGACCACAUUUAAAAUACCCAAAUGAGGGAUAGUGGGAUGAUUUUGCGGGACAUUGUAAUCUACACUUAAUACAUUUUUUGACAGAGGCAUCCUGCUUUUUUUGGUAAAUUUGUUGUGUUUGAAUUUGUGGUUAAAAUGCAGGACAUGAUUGGUUGUGGGCCAAAAUGUGGGACUAUCCUGCCCAAUCCGGGACAUGUGGUCACCCUACAAACAAAUCAUGUCUUAUGAAGGGUGGGAUGGUACAAUAGGCUACUGCUGUUGCUAGAGAAAGGUCUUAUCUGCUGAUUUAUUUUGCAGCCCUGCUCACUGCUUUCAGCUAAUACAUUGGGAUGAAUGUACAUAUUA